AUGCUCUCAGCAUCGACCAACAGACAACACCCAGCCUUCUCCGGAAGGCCUAGUGACCGCCAUCUCACCAAAGCGGACCAGGGCGGCCUAAAGCCGGAAGAGCUGAGGCUCUGGUCAUACCAGGAGCCCCCGCUGAUCGUGGGCUCCUACUCCAUCAAGGUCUCGCAGGAUAUCGCAACCAGCUCCGAGACCAUCAACCUUCCCCUACAACACGAGGCGACCCUGGUGGUUUCGGCGCCCAAGUUCAGGCUCCCCAACAAGGACGACAUUCACAGCGUGUAUCCAGCCCCAGGACACAGCGACUACUGCCAGACGCUGGCCCACGUCGUUUUCAGCCACCCGACGACACCUUGGGGCCGAGAAGGGACCCCGAAGGUCGUGGGCUUCAACCGCGUGCCAUGGAUAGGCCUGCUCUCCUUCACGGAGGAUGAGCUGGUGCUGGAUGCCAAAUCUUGCCAGGACGCUGGCUUUGAUAAAGACAUCGACAAGCUUUCGAGCUACGGUACCGUUUCCAUCACGGCAGGCAGGCUCGAGAAAAAUGACAAGGUCUCCUCGCCGCUCGACCCGGGUGCUACGAGCCGCGACUACGAGGUUGCCGACCCCGUGGAGGUCCUCCUCCUACGGGACGAGACUUUCGGGCUGCUGUUCACCACAAGCUACGGCGGUGACGGCGCUCCCGUCCGGUCCGGCCCUGUCGACACUGGCCGAUUCGCCAUGAUGGCGCACGUGCGCGAGACGCACGGCGGGUUCAUGGCCAGCACCGACCCGGCCAAGGCCCAGCCGCAGUUCUCAGUCGUCGUGAGCCCACGGACCGGGCCGCCCUCCGUCAGCAAGCCAACCCGUGUCGUCUCGCACCUGAUCUCCCUGGAGGGGCUGGACAAGAUUAAGGUGGCCAAGAACGGCAAGAAAUACGCCGGCCUCGUAUCCCUCCACAGCUGGGACUGGAUGUGCAUCCCGCCAGAGCAGGUCGACUUCGGGGAGGUCAUGCGCGGGCUAGGCCACACUCUACGCCCGCUCCGCAUCUCCGACCCCAACUUCGAGUACAAAGACGGAGCCUCAUCGGACUGGCUCCACGACAUCCUCAAGUGCGGUUACACGCUCAAGCGGCAUACGCUAGAGACCGGAGAGGAGACCAUGUCACUGUUCCGCGGCCCGCUGAUCCCCGUAGCGCCGAGCCGCGACAUGAUCCAGCCAUUUGUCGCGUCCUGCAAGCAACUGGCGCUGACUGACAAAACCACGGGCAUCGGUGACACCUCAUAUAGCGCGGCCUGGAACCUAGGACGGUCGCUUGCGAUGGCGGACGGCACUUUCACGACCAGUCUCCUACGCCUGCGCGGCCAUAUACACUCGGCCGCCGUCAAGAUCGCUAAGGCCCAGGCGCUUGGCGAAAAUACCCUCAACAGGGCAGCCUUCCUGAGCGCCGUUCAGGGAUCCAUCCAGAAACUCGCGGAAGCGCACGGCUCCAGGCAGCUGGCCAACCGGGGAGCGCACAAACGCUGGGUGCAAACACCCAAGGACCAGCGCAGACUCCCCGUCGAGCGGCUGUCCCGCGCAAGCCAACAUGAGGCCAGCAAGUACGAGGCGGCCGCCAAGAUGGUCAUGGAGAGCUACUUUGGCCUCGGAAUAACACCGCCCGAUACCGACGCCCUAGCCGUGCGGGCCUGGGUUGUCGACAAGUGCUAUCUCGCCACCGUGCCUCUCCACUACCUCGUUCCAGACCCAGACAUGCUGCCCCGGGAGUCAAUCCGCACCUUUUCCAUCGACGUCAAGUGGGUUGACGCCCUCAUCGACGGAGGUCUCAGCCUCGCCAACCACCGGACCGAGGGUGACGACCUGCUCCGCCGCGGCAUCAUGGACUGCGUCAGGACGUAUGUGAAAAACAACGACAAGGUCCAAAUCCCCAAGUGGGGGUUUCUCCUCCGCAGCAUCGCCGUGGCCGCCUUCCCGGACCUCAAGGUGGAAGCGCCGUGGCCCCCGGACUCGAAGCAGGCGGAGACCGGCCUCCGCGAAGUGCUAUACAUGCAGAUCCUCACCGACGACGUUCUCGUCUGCCUGUUUGACCGCGCGCCGGGCGACGCGGGCUUCACGCGCAUCACCAUCUCGCAGCCGCCGCACCAGCAGUGCUUCGCAUUCGGAGAGAGCCUUACACCAACGAAGCUGAAAUUCGCGAUCCGGCCGAUCCCGCUCGUCCCCCUCGAGGAAAAGGGGGGAAGGCCGCCCAGAGCAGACCCCAUCCAUCUCACGGCCGUGGAGAUAAACGCCAGCGACAGUAAGGUCGACCUGUACGACUGGCCAGCACGGCUCAUCGUACCAGACAAGAUUCUGCAGCAGUACGUCGACAUGCCCGAACAGCCGACCCAAGUGUUCAAGUGGAAAAAAGAGGAUCCCCUGCCAUCGUCCCUCCUAGCCUCGCAGCUAUGCAGGCCAGUGCUCUGUAUGAACCUGCCGAUCAAGGAGCUGGCGGCACCCCCGGUGCCGGACAAGAAAGACGAACACGCCCAGGACAAGCCCGUCCCACCGCCGACCAAGACCAAGCGGCAGCCAGCAGCCAAGCCAGAGGACGAGAAACCCGACCCCGGCCGCGUCGAGCCUGCCCCUGCCGCACUCCCUCGGGGCCCGCGCGAUCCAGUCCCGCUCGUACGAAUAGAGGGCAACGGGGGAGCAGUCCCAGCAGCGGCCCCGCACGAAGUUCUUGAGAGCCAAAAGCCAGACGAGGAGGCCGCAAAAGCCACCUUCAGCCCCAGCUCGCAGCCGCUCGAGGCGUCCUGCAUGCCUCUCUACGACCCAGGCGGACCCAGCGACGCCACCAUCUUCGCGCUAGACACGCCCAUCGACCUGAUCUUCUCCCUGGCCUUCUCGCAGGCCGACACGUCCAUCCAGGGCAAGCACCCGACCAGCCUCGAGGUGCGGAUCCCCAUCGCCUUCGCCACCGCGGUCCAGCCGGCACAGAGCGGCAGCAUCGCCGCCAUGCUGCUGCUGCCGGGCUCGGCGGCGGCGCCAACCCUGCCGCGGGUCGAGAGCCUCAACAGCAACGCCCAGUGGAUCUACACAACUCAUGUCGUCCUCGGAAGCCUAUACGAGCUGCCGGAGCCUCCGCCGGCCGUGGGCGCACCGCUGAACCUAAAGAAACAGACCACCGAAGCGCAGCCGACGACGAUGCUCGUCGUGACGCUAACGCCUCGCUUCGCAACAGGCCACAUGAAGGACCGCUUCUUCGACGGUUCCUUGAUCCUGCGGCGCGUCCUCAUCGCCCGGCCGGACAAGUGGGCCGACUCGGCCCAGACACAGUUUGACGUGAGGUGGACGAUGCCUGGAGAGAGGACGCCGCGCGCGCAGCCGCAGAAAGCACUGCUGCGGCGGGCCGUCACCGUGGUCCUGGACCAUAGCGGCACGUACUACAACCUAGACGACGACUCGGUGCGGGUCAAGGCGGCCGUCGCGACGGGGCUGGCCGCCCUGCAGGCCGAGCUGGUGCUGACGGCGCAACCGCGCGCUGGCGGCGCCAACGUCACGGUCGCAAUGACGCCAGGUGGUGAGGGCCACACCGACGAGUUCUCGGCCCGCCUACCGAGCGGCCGAGCCCAUAUCCCGGUCGCGUUCCGGGUGGGCGUGCGCGCCAAGCUCGAGAGCGCCAAGGGCGGCGGCGGCGUGGGCCGCCGCAUGGGCCCGGAAUCGUCAACGCGCACGGUGCCCCUGCUGCCGCGCGUCGGCCCGAUGCUAGGCAUGUACUGGGCUGGCACGCUACGAGUCAUUUGGGGUGGCGGCAUCCCGGGCGAGGACCCGCUGUCGCUCGCCGGGGUGCGCUUGCGGUUCACGGUGCUGACGGCCGACGAGACGCCGGCGAGCGGCGCGGACGUGGUGAAGGAGUUCCCGCUCAACGUACCAGAGGCAGUCCUCAACGAGGCAGCCCUACGCGCGAACCCGAGCGAAGGCGGCGAGAGGGUGCAGGUGCUCUGCGAGAUGGUGUUGCCUGACGAGCCGCGGGUUCGGGGCAUCGUCUGGAAGGACACGCUGCGUUUCAACCUGUUCCCGCUGCAGAUCCGAGACGGCCAGUUCAACUUCAGCUCCAGCCAGACGGUGGCCAACCACAGCUCUAUCGUCAAGAUCGAGGGCGUCUUCAUCAAGGCCUUCAUCGACGUGUUCUACGUGGCCAGAGACACCGAGGGCAAGAUCUGGAAUGCCCGCUUUGGCUGGAACUCGGAACUGCCUUCGUGCAGCGAGAGCCAGCUCUUCCAGAGCCAAUCCGCCGCCAGCGGCGCGCUUGAGGUGUUUCACUUUGGCCGGGUCCACGAUAGCCUGUACCGCGACCAACUACACUGGAUCGGGACCAACGGCUCCAUACGCACCUUUGAACGGAUCGAAUGGGAGUCCGACGUACCGUCGAGUUCGUUUGCCCCCUGGACCCUAAGCGGCCCGCCGCAGUUCCCACCACUCUUUCCCAACGGCAGUGGCGCGUGCCCCAACAACGGCGGCUCGAUGGUGGUCUCGACGCAGCACCUUCCGGCUCCACCAGGAGAAACCUCGUCCCUCAGCUACACCAGGUGGUGGGUCGACCCGCAAGGGGGCAUCUGCAUAGACCGGUGGUGGUCUCUCGAUAACGCCUUGGAUUCUGUCUUUCGCACGCUACCCGGGUUGUCGCGCGACGCCUCAGGCGGCGGCGCCCAGACAGACGGGCCGCGGCCGUCGCAGCUGCAGACACAGUUCGGUGACCCUCACCACAGUAACGUCAUUUGGAUCAACCCUUCAGGCGUGCUGAAGGUGGCACGAGUCCCGCUCGGCGACCCAACCAAGGGCCAGACCACGGCGCAGUGCAAGGACGCCGUCGCCGACGCCAACGGCAGCCCCGCCUGCGGCCUCGUCGCCUUCACGCGCAAGUGCUGGCUCAGCGACGGCGAGCCGGCCGCCGACAUCGACUUCGCCUUCUGGGUGAGCAGGAACGGCGCCGUAUGGGGUGCCUGGUCGCGCGGCGGCGGGGCCGACUGGGACACGUGGGUGUGGACCAAGUUCCCCGUGGCCCGCCCGGAGUCCGCACACCUAGCAACGCGGCUGCGCGUCUUCGUACGGGGCGCCGGCGACUCGGGCAGCGUGCUCGUGUGGUUUGGCCUGACGGGCCGCCUGCAGGCGGCUACGUGGCGGGAUGCGCGCCGUGGCGGGAACCCGGCCGUCUGGUCGCACGCGCUGGACGUCUUCAACGAGACCAUCUCGGCCAAGGUGGACAACGACUAUGUGCCCGAGCUGUGUGUUCACGAGUGGCAGAAGGACUGGGACAAGACUCGGCGUGUCCAGUUCUUCUGGGUCGCCAGCUCUGACGCGAAGUUGACGACCCGAACUAUAACUACAACUGGUUGA